AUGAACAAUGAUGCCGCGCCUACCUCUUCCGCGCGGAUUCCCGACCGGCUCUCACCACCUGCCAUCGGACCCAACAACGACACCAACGAUGCGGAAGCAGACGCCGACGGCCGUUCUCGGUCACGGCAGCGCUCGAGGUCUAGCAAUGGCCGGCAGCAUAAGAGGAGGAGCAAGAAGAAGCAGAAUCCAGGACUAGCCAAGAAGCUUGGAUUUCUCACACAUUUGCUCAAGACACUCGAUCUUGUCAUUUUUGCCGAACUGAGCUCUAUGUACUAUAUGGAAUGCUCCAUGCUCAAAUUCAUCCUGCGCGCCAUACCGCAAUACAUGUAUCUCUCCCCUAAAGACGAAUCCUUCGCUCUACUCAUGCCGGCCACUCAUAUACACGUUCUUGUGAUACUAGUGCCUAAUCUACUCUGCAUGCUGUCGCAUCUCUUUGAAUCACUUCCUCUGGGACCAGAGUAUCAUCGAGGAUAUCAACAUGGGGGGAUGAUUAUCGAUUUCGUCGGGCAAAUGCCUUCCAGCUAUAGACUAUAUUAUCUAUUGUUCGAUUUGGUCAUCCUUGCUAUCCAAUCUCUGAUGCUUUCGAUUCACAAUCAACGAGAGGGCUUACGAGUUGCACUCAAGACAUUCCGCCCACUCUCCAAUCGAGUCCUGGAACCUAUCCCAGGGCGCUCUCCCGAAGAUUUAGACGCAGAAGAGCGAGGAGUUUCACGACAUGAAUCGGGCGUGACGGUUACCGAGACGGAUGAGAUUGAGCUUCAGCAGUUUGAUAGACAGGGGAAUGGUGAAGGAAAUGGCGAAGGAACAGAUGAACGCUACGACCGCUCAGAGCAGCUACAGGCUGCUACCGGGGAUAAUUCGAACGACGAAUCACUGAGAACACAUUUAUCCGAUAUCAUGAGCUCAGGCAACGCCGUGCUUAACGAAUAUCAUGUAGUCCAUACAAUGAAAACCGCCUUGAUGAAGACUGGAGGCUCAACUGCCUUGUCUCUGCAGGCUAUUGGUUAUCGGGCAACUAUGGCGAGAAUACGGACUCGACGUCGAGGCGCUACUCUUCGGAAUCAAAUAACUCGCCCUAGCAACUAG